AUGGCUACAACAUCGGCUUUUUCUACUACUACUACUAAGGAAUUGAUCACGUCUUCUCCUUACCACCUAUCCUCUAAUGAUCAGCCGCAUCAUGUUCUUACUCUGUUUCUCCUUAAUGGUGAAGAAUAUGAUAAGUGGGCUAAGAUUGCACGCAACAAUCUCGCAACAAAGCAUAAACUUGGUCUUGUCGAUGGUACUCUUCUUAAACCUGCUACUGAUUCUCCCGAUUACCAAUGGUGGGUUCAAGUCAACUCGAUGUUAUGCGGCUGGCUCUAUGCGAGUUUAGAUCCUCAAGUCCAGAAGGUGAUCCCGUUUGUUGACAACGCAAAAGUCCUAUGGGACAAUUUGCGUGUUCGUUACUCUAUUGGGAAUGCUUCUCGUGUUCACCAAAUCAAAUCUUCUAUUGCUCGAUGUGCUCAAGAUGGUCAGCAUGUUGCUGAUUAUUUCGGCCAACUCAAGGUCAUGUGGGAUGAUCUUGAUGAUUUUGAGCCCUUUAUUGAUUGUUGUUGCAAUUCUCCAUCCUGUCCUCAACGUCUCAAGCAGCAAGCACGUCGAGAUCUUGAGCGUAUUCAUCAAUUUCUCAUGGGUCUCGACGCUUCUCGGUUUGAAGAACAUAUUGAUGUUGUCGGUUUUGCUGUGAAAGCUGGUGUCAAUGCUAUUGCAUCUGCUACACGUCUCACUCAAGGACCAUGUACUCACUGUGGCCGUACCAACCACUCGGUGGAUACAUGUUUCGAACUUCACGGCUUGCCCGAUUGGUGGAUCGAGAAACAUGGUGAUACUAGAGGAGGAUCACGAUCCGACUCCACUCGAGGUAGAGGUCGUGGGCAUUCCUCUCCUGCUUCCUAUCGUGCUAACAAUGCUCAAGCUUUUUCCGAAGCUGAACUCCCUGACUUACCUGGUGUUAGUAAGGCCACCUGGUCUGCUAUUGUGAACUUGUUAAAACCUGACCAAACCUCUGGUUUUGAUAAGCUCUCCGGUAAGCAUUCUUGUGUUGAGUUUUUACUUGACUCUGGAGCGUCUCAUCAUAUGAUAGGUGAUGAUGAUCUCCUUGUGGAUGCGCAUGACAUUCCUAGAAGUAUUGUUGUUCUUCCCAAUGGAAAUAAUACUUUCGCUACUAAAGAAGGGACGAUGAUCCUUGGAGAUCACGUUAAACUGAAUUGUGUUCUCUAUGUUCCUGAUCUUUCUUGCACUCUCAUCUCUCUCGCUAGAAUUUGUCGUGAGCUGUCCUGCUAUGCUUUAUUUACUGAUACAUUGGGUGUUAUACAGGACCAUACUUUGAAGAUGCUGAUUGGCGCAGGUGAAGAGAGAGAUGGGGUUUCUCACUUUCGUGGAGUGGUUUCAGCAUGCGUCAAAAAUGUCAAGAAAUCCACAAGAACUCUUUGGCAUGAACGUUUGGGGCAUCCAUCUACGAAGAUUUUAUCUAGUUUUUUUUAUCUACUUUACCGGAUUCUGCACACCAUAGUAGUGAUAAUAAUGAUAUUUGUGAAGUUUGUAUUCAAGCUAAACAAACGCGGUUAG